CAAGCAAAACAUACAUAGAGCCGAAAUAUCAAAACAAACGAUACCAGCUUUAGCAAGAAAACAUAACACCUAAUGACGAAGACUCAGGCAUUAGCAGCACUGCUCCUUGCCGUGGUGGCCAUCGCCACAAUGGAUGGCGCCCACGCCAUCUGCGGCAUGGCGAACGAGGACUUCAAGCUGUGCCAGCCGGCGGCGGCCGUCAACGACCCUACUGACAGCCCGUCGGCGGAUUGCUGCGCUGCGUUGGGGAAGGCUGACCUGGGGUGCAUCUGCCGGUACAGGGGCGUCGCUGGCAUAUGGAUGAGGAUCUACCACAUCGACCCCAGCCGCGCCAUGGCGCUGCCGGGCAAGUGCGGCCUCACCAUGCCCACCAAUUGCUCCUGAUGACAGAAUCGCACGUACAUCGACCUCGACGCUGGUCCGUUUGGAUAAAUAAAUGGAGCGCGUGAAAAAGGCUUCGUGCUCCUCCCGUUGUUAUUUGGUGUGAUUAUGUGUGUUUGAUGAAUGUGUGUUUGUCCUAGCUUGGUCAACGUACGUAUGCACCCACACAUGCGUGCAUGUCAGUUGUCAAGUGUGUAUUGUUGGCAAGUCGCGGACGUGCAUGGACUAGGGAUGGUGAAAGUUUACCUUGGUGUUUUGCGUGCCUCCAAAUAAAAAUCGAUGACCUUUUUCUUGGUAAA